AUACAGCAACACCACUAUUCAAUGCGGAGCUUGUUUACGAACCAAACUGUUAGUGGUAUACAGCUUGUAGUUGUCGCAUUUUCGGAUUUUAAGCGAAAAUGAGCGAAGACGGUAGAGUCAAAGUGAGUUUUGGCUUUGCCAAGAAGCCCCCACCGAACCCAAAAAUUAAAUUGGCUCCUAAAAAGGAUGAGCCGGUUGAGUUUAUCACAUCUUUAGAAGGGCAGGAGUUUGAGUCUGUUGGAACCAAAGUUGAGGAAAAGAAACAAGAGUUAGUUAUUCCUCUGAAUAAGACUGUUCCCAAAUGGCAAAAGAAGUUGAUGAAGCUCAGCGUGAACCAAUCGACACCCGCUACAAAUGGAAUAAAAGUUGAAAGAGAUGAAUUGGAUAUACUUGCAGAGCAGGAAAUCAUCAGAGAGGCCUCUGAGGCUCUCGCAGAGCGAGAGGAGGAGAAGAGAAUAAACACAAUUCCAAUGAAUCUCGAUGAUGACGAAGUUGAAGUAGAUAAAGAUGAGCCCACAUCUGAAAAUUACGAAUCUAUUCCUGUGAAAGAUUUUGGCUUGGCCAUGCUUAGAGGUAUGGGAUGGGAACCUGGCAAAGGAAUUGGCAGAAAUCCAAAAGUUGUAGAGGUCAAGGAGCCGGCAUUUCGACCAAGAGGAAUGGGAUUGGGAGUGGAGGCCAAGAAACCUCCAAAGAAGAACACUGACGAUGGCCAAGACCUGCGGAUGUGCAAAGGGGCGUAUGUCAAAGCUUUUCAAGGACCUCUUCAAGGCUGUUAUGGAAAAGUUGAAAGUCUCCAUGACACAUUAGGCCGGGUAUUGGUGCGAAUGACCCUUGGAGGAAAAUUACAGAGCAUCUGCGAGUAUAUGCUUGAACUUGUCACAGUCAAAGAGUACAACGAGAAAUCUAGAGUAGUUAGUUCUGAUAAUGCAGCUCUUGUCCAGCGUAGUUUGGACAAAGUGGCAAGUGCCAAUGGCUCUGCGGAGAAAACUUACGGGUUAGUUCAUUUGAAGAAGAGCGUCGAGACCAAUAAGCAGGAUGAGGAAAGAGAGGAGAGUCCAGAAAGAAGAAAACACAAGCACAAGAAGCGGAGCAGGAGUAGGGAACGGAAGCGGAGCCGUGAGAGGAAAAGAAGCCGAAGUAGGGAAAGGAAGAAAAGCAGAGACAGGAGCAGAGAAAGGAGGAAAAAGAGUAAAAGCCCGCAUCGACGCCGAUGAUUUUAUUUUUAAAUCAUUCUUUUGAGAUUAAAUUCACUACAGUUCAAAA